AUGAUCGCCCCAAUAAGGGCACUUCUUGUCGCGUUCCUUUUGUCGACAAUCAACGCCGAUCCGUGCAAGAAGAUCGAUGAGACUUUCCGAAAAACCUCCAGUGAGAAUGGACCGGUCUCAUGCAAAUGUCUAAUCGACCCACUCGUGCCAGAAUUCUAUCAAAACGUUUGGAUUGGAUGCACGGGUCAAUCGAUGUCAGCCGUGUUCAGUGAAUUGGGCUCACUCAACGAAACCCUCGUCAACCGUAUCCACAUCUGGGACAGUCAAUUGGACAUCAUUCCAGCGGAAAUGUUCGAAAAAGUGAAACCAAAGAAGCUGAUCAUCGAGAACUCACUGGUGAACAUCGUUCGAAAGGGGACAUUCACUGUGAUCGGGCCACGACUGCAAGAGCUUCGCUUGAGGAAUAAUGCGAUGAAAAAGAAUCUUGAUCCCGAGAUGCUCACCGGCCUCGAUCAUCUGCAAAUCCUCGAUUUGAGCGGCAACAAGUUGACGAAAAUUCGCUCAGCCGACUUUGAAAAAGUGGCCGAAUUGGAGGAAUUGCUGUUGAACGAGAAUGGAAUCGGAGAAAUCGAAGAGGGAUCAUUCGAGAAUUUGUCUCAAUUGAGAGUGCUUUCCAUUCAGAAUAAUCAGAUCACAGCGAUCACCAAGAACACUUUCAAAGGCUUGGAGAAUUUGGAGGAGCUUUACUUGCAGAACAAUCAAAUCUCGAGCAUUGAUUGGACGGCGUUCAGAAAUCUGAAGAAACUCAAGAUUCUCGAUCUCGGCCGGAAUCACAUCUCCUCCGUCGAUCUCCAAGGCUUUGACAAGCUCGAGAAGCUCAUCCUCAACAAUAACUCUAUCCAAACACUGAAAAACGUUGUUCUGAGAAGUCUUCCCUCUUUGGUCUACAUCUCGUUCGAUCGAAACACGAUUGCCGAAAUCGAAGAUGACAGCUUUAGGGGUCUUGCCACCUCACCCAGAUUGGAUACAGUAUCAAUGGCUUCGAACAAUAUCACAGUGAUUGGGGGAAAUGCCUUCAAGCAUGUCACUUCGAUUCGAAGUCUCGCUCUGCAGAUGAACCAGCUAUCAAGUCUAUCCUCGAAUGGUUUGGCCGCACUUUCCCCACUUCGUCACCUUUCCGUUUUAAUCCUUUCCGGGAAUCGUUUGGAUGCACUUCAUGAGGGAGAACUCCCGAAAUCUCUCCGUGUCAUUCUACUCGACAAUAAUCAACUAGCACAUAUAGACUCGAGCACUUUCCGUGGUCUUUCCAUUGAACGUCUCCAUCUCAACUCGAAUCGUCUCACCCAUUUGCCGAAGGGAACUUUUGAUGACAUCGAUUUAACCGUUUUGAAGCAAAUUGACAUCACCGAAAAUCGUUGGCAAUGCGUUUGCGAGGAGGAAUGGUUGGGUUCAUGGUUGGAUAAACUCGGCGAAUCAGAUGUAGGCGAUGGAACGAUCGGAUGUCUAGCGCUUGCGUGUCCAAAAGUUGAAGAAGAGUCCAAUGGCUCCAAAUGGGUGACCGUUGUGGCCUCAGUGCUGGCUGGGGUUUCCGUUUUGAUUCUGAUCGCUAUCGCCUAUCUCUAUAUCGAAGAUGUGCGCUCCAGGGCGAUGAUAAAGCGCCCAUUCGGCCGUGUCGACUCGGAUUUAGCGCGGCUGAUAGAGAAAGAGGCGAAAACGGAUGCCGAUCGGGGUCUAAUCCGAAAACAGAAAGCUCCCGAAAUUGUGCAAAAUAAUAAAAGAAACGUACGAUUUGUGAGC